AUGCCAUUUUUCCCGGUCGCUGCCCACUUCAAGCUGUUCAACAUCGUCGGACAGAGCGAUAAGGCUCUAUCGGCAAGAGAGGCAUUGGCGGCGUAUAACAGCACGGGUGCGAUUGCUGUAACUGCCACAGGGCCAGGUUUACCUCUUUUUCGUACGUUUCCGCUCUUUUGGACGGUGAAAAUUGUGUUGACAGCGGUAGAGGAUACCUUGUUGGCCAUGGGGAGUUUGGGUCUAAUGGACGUCCCCAAGGACGAUCACUAUACUGCAAACGACCUUACCCGAUAUCUGGCGUCGAAUCAAUCGGCGAUACAGGGAGGGAUUCACUAG